CCGCUUCCUGCCUGCUACUCACAUGACUUGUGUUUAGACUUCCACAGAGAAGUCAUGUCCAGCAGGUACCCGAUCGUGGUGCAGGGCGAGGCUUCUGAGACGGACUCGGACGAUGAAGUGUACAUCACCUCACUGCCUGCGCCGCAGCCUGCCGCCGGCGGAGUCAAGGUCCUGGGGGAGGCGUCUGAAACGGACAGUGAGGGAGACCCGGAGGAGGCCGCCAGAUCUGCUGCACUGAGUGAAAGUGCUCAGAUACUCCGGAGAGACCUGCCUCCUCUUAUUGUUGUCAGAGACCAUCCUGACAUACAGUCUGUAGUGGAGGACAGACCCAGCCCCGUGCACAGGCCCUAUGGAGACACUCUUUUACAACAGAAGCUGCAAGAGUCAAACCACCGGCUGUAUUCUGACGUGGGGCAGACAGUACGACAGAUUUAUGGCCAUGCCAGCAAGGAGGUGCGCAGUGCGACGUCUCAGCUGAACGGAUCGCAGAACGCCAUCAUCAACGCGUCCCACAGCAUCCGAUUAAUCCUGGACGACCUGAAGGCCGUGUCCGAGAAGAUCGAUAUCAUCACCAGCUGUCAGAUCCUGCCUGACAUAAACAUAGACACUCCAAACAGUUAUCCCGCUGCUCAUGUCCCUCAGACAAAUGAAUCCUCGUAAUCAAUAUAUCAAAGAGUAGGACGCCUGGAGAGAGCACUUCUCAUUAUUCCUGUUCUUAAAAGACAUAUCUUUGCCUUUAAGGAAGCACAUUUAUCUCACAGUAACAUACAACAGUGCAGUAGUCAGAAAACAUAAAACAGUUUGACGCCAUUUGUAAAAUUUGAAGUAUGAUGAAUAUGGAAUGUAGUUUAAAAAACAGGGCAACAUGAUCUGAUGAAAAUACACCAUCCUCUAGUGUUUUUGAAGCUUAAAAUGUAAAAAAAAAAAAGAAAAAAAACAUGAAACAGGAUUAAAAAUUUUCAGUUCAGCUCUAAUAACUUUAAAAUAUGUCCCUG